AUGUCACUUGUAGAUCUUAGUUAUGCAGUAGUGCGGCGCCAAGGAGAUAGAGAUACUCAAAUGGACAGAUUUAGUGUUCAAAACCAUUUUUCCGAUAAGAAAGGUUAUUCCCUUUUUCUUCUCUAUGAUGGCCACGGAGAUGAAAGAUUUUCAAAGCAUGCAAAGGAAAACUUAACAAAUCUGAUCGAAAGUGAUAUAGAAUUCACUGCUAAAAAUUAUGAAAAGGCUUUUAUUAAUGCUUUUAAAAAUGAAGAUGACCUUUUAAAGGUGACAUAUGGGCCUCAGACGUUUGGUGGAACUACUGCUACGGUCUCAUUGUUUUUCAAAAAUUCGAAUGUGUGUUAUGUUGCUAAUGUUGGUGAUAGCACAGCAGUACUUGGAAGUGUUUCUGGACCUAAACCUGAAGCUAUUACUGUCAGUUACGAUGAUAAAGUAAAUGACUUUCGAGAAUUUAGUCGACUUGCGUCAGCAAAUGCUAAAAUUCGUAAGGGAAGGCUUAUUCGUCCAGGUCAUUCUGUCAAUAUGACUAGAGCUCUCGGUGAUUUUGAUUUCAAAGCACCAUUUACUCCAUCUGGAAAAGAUUGGAUUUCUUCAACUCCUCACACCUUCAAAAUAAACUUGACUCCUUAUGAGGACGAAUUUUUGGUUAUGGCUUCCGAUGGUAAAAAAUUUUCUAUAAAAUUAGUGGUGUUUCAAUGGUUAUUGAAUACUGC